AUGACACACACGUUCACCUUAUCGGAGCUGGUCAACCUGGCCAUCGGCACCCCCGAGGUGGGGGUGUGCAACUUUAACGCGCUGCACGCCUUGCUGCACGGCAUCCUGGAGCACCUCCAGAUCGGCGAGGCGCAGAAGACGGUGGGCGAGGUGGAAAAUGAAUUCAUCAAGCCCCAGAGCACGGCGGCAGUCGGGGACAAGACUCCCAGCUCCCUCUCCGAGGAAGGAGGAGGAGGAGGAGGAGGAAGCGCGACCCCUUCUGCUGCCCGGCCGGGCGAUAACGGCAGGUCAGCGUCCCUGUUCCACCAGCUGGAGGAUAAGGUCGCCAAGCUGCAGGCGGCCAUGGAGUCCCUGAGCCAGCUCCCCAGCGGCCCGGAGCUCCUCGCCCGCAGCCAGGCGGACGCCAUGCCCAUCCGCAAGUUCUCGGUGUCCAGCAGCAGCACCGGGCCCGUCAGGGACAUGUGGCAGCUGAUGCAGGUCAAAAAGAAGGUGGAAGCGAACGAGGAAGGAGUCAACAAGGCUAUGACAACUUUACAGGAAUUAAUGAAUUCAAUUAAUCAAUUAAAUAACACUAAUGAAACACUGAGGAAGGAGCUUGACAAAGCAAACCAAAGCAAAGCACAAAAUUCAGAGGAAAUGUCUCGCAAACUGAACAGCAUCAUGGAUCAGUUGAGUAAUAUUCCGGAUGGAAAAACUCUUGUUCAGUGGAACGUUCUGCAGACAAUGUUGAACAAAGAGCUUGAGUUUGAUGUGAAACUUAGUUCACUCAAUCUUCAGAAUGAAAUGGCUUCUUCUGAUGAAGGAGAAAGUGACAAACCGGCCGGAACUCAACGCCUAGGUGCAGCUUUAGCUGCUCUGCAUCAAUUAUCACAACUGGCUUCCAAACACCACGAUCUAAAAAUCCGAGUGGAUAAUCUAGAAGAGGAACUCAAGCAUCAAGUUGAAGAAAUAGAUAAGAAAGGCCUUCCUGAUGAUUUGGUCAUGAGAUUAGAUUUGCUCGACAAUGGAUUACAAAUUCUACAAAAUGAAACUAUUCAGGAUAGAGAAUUGAUAGCCACCCUUAAGCGGAAACUGGAAGAAAUGGAAGAAGAUUUUGAAAGUCGCCUUGCAAUAUUGCAGGCCGACCACGAUGAGCUCCAGGGAAUUCAAGAAAAGCUUGAACUUCUCGAGGAAAAGAAGGUCGACAAAGAAUUUUUGGAGAUGGAGAUCAACGGGAAAGCUGAUAAGAAAGCACUGGAAUCGAAAGUGAGCAGGACGCUGUUGGAUGCAACGGCACAGCAAUUAAACGCAAUGAUGCAGGAAUUAUUGAAUAAAGUAUGUGCCCAAGAAAAGGAUUGGCAGAAGGUUCUUGAGAAACUUCUGUGCGACAUGGACUGCAAGCUGGAUCGAAUGGAACUGGAUCCAUUGAAAAAGCAGUUGGAAGAGCGCUGGAAACAGCUGAAGAAACAGUUGAGAAAUGGCCCAGGUUUUGAGGCUGAUUCUGCUGCUGGAUUCAGGAAGCAGUUACUUGAACGAUUCAAGUGCAUUUCUUGUGCCAAAUCUACAAGGGUGUUGGCAGGCCCACAGCUUAUCACCAUUGCCGCCUCUGCCCUUCACCCGAGAAUUCGCCCCACUACUGCUCCCGAGUUAGAUUCUACAAAGCAACAGAGAGGGAGUUUUUAUAAUGAAUACUAUGAGAACCAUGUGGCCCGGAAUUCGAAUCGGCCCUGUGGAGGUGUUCAUACAGUCACCGGACCCGUAGGCAGGCGUAAUAACCGCAAUCUGAAUCUGCAAACAGUGUAUCAGUAUGGUGACCCCAAUCCAAUGUACCGACGGGAAGAGGUAGAACUUCAGGGGAUAGAUGGUGUCAUGUACAAAGGUCGGCUAGACUCCAAACUUCCAACAAUACAUCAAAUACAAGAUGAGGAGCCCUUAGAGAAGAAACUGAGUGGAACAAAGCAACAUGCACCUCGACCAGAGUCCUUCCCAGUUACUCCAAGAUGUGUUUACUGCAAUCAAAGCUGUAUGCCUCCUCGUUCUGGUGAUAUCUGUUCUACACAGCAGAAGCCUGUGCCUCAAGAAGUUUCGAAUGUGUGCCGAUGCCUGGCUUCAUUGUGCCCUCAACAACCAGGACAAGAUUCAGGAAACAUGGCCAUGGCAGAUUCUUCAUGUCCAAAGCCUCCAGACCAAGAUGCUUCAAGCCGAUGCCCAGGAAGAGGUUCGGUGAAAGUAUUUUGCCCUCCCCAGAAUACAGCCGAAGAUACCAAUCGGUUGAGCAUGGCCAGUUGCAAUGCUAAACCAACCGCAUGCCCACCUCGUGUCAGUGAACAGCCCUGUCCUCCUCACCCUGCUGAACCGCCUUGUCCAAACCCAUCUCAGUAGGAGAGUCGGAGAACAGCUGCUCAGAUGUUCAAUAUCGAAAGGAAUAUGAAUCCUAAUCUGACUUGAACAGUGAAACUGAAGGGAAGUAAAUACAUCUUCACUCCUGUUACCCAACAAACUACAGGAUAUUCACUCAGAAGGUCAUUUUUGCCAUUAACACUGCAAUUGUUAUUAAUAUUCCAUUUAAUUGUAACAGCCUGGGAUUUGUAGCUGCCUGGCUGACGUCACGUUUGGAAAUUAAUAAAAUUCUACACAGAUGGAAAUAGGCAGGGUUACUUUCGGUCUCUAGAUCAUGGGAUUUAAUAUUCCUGAACAGUGUCAAUAUUUGUUUGCUUUUCCUUGAAAACUGUGUAGUUCAAAGACACCUUUGUUCUUGAGCACAGCAGCCAAUGUUUUAAGUUUAUCAGAGAUAAUGGGAACUGCAGAUGCUGGAGAAUACAAGAUAACAAAGUGUG